GGAAAGAACUCAGGGCUACGAGUGACAAAAGGGUUUCAGCAAAGGGUGGUAGGAAUGGAGAAGAAAGGUUUGAGCGUUGUGUUGAUGGUGGCUAUCUUUGCCACCUCUUUCCUGGAGCUUCACGCUCGAGUGGACUUGCUCACUGCAUUUACUGCUGGAGUUGAUGGUGGUAAAGAUGAGCCAUGCUGCAACGAAUGCAUCUGCCCUCUAAUCUUCCCACGGAAAUGCUAUUGCACCUAUGUGCAGAAAGGGAGCUGCCCCGCCCCCUGCGGGAGUCCUUGCAUUUGCGACAAGUCCGCAUGGCCUACAUGCGGUUGUACGGUAGUCAAGAACAGCUGUGCCAAUACUUGCAAGACCACAGGCAUUGAGAAGUAACGAGGAUCAUCGUACCGAUCUCUCCUAUAUAUAUAUAUAUAUGUAUAAAUAAAUAAAAAGUUAUCUUAGGAUGAUGCUUCGUCUGGGAUGAACGGUUCUCUGUAAUAGGCAGUGUUAUUACUGGAUAACACGCCAGUGUUACUAUUUCCUAUUUUGUAGCCCUCUUGAUGAAUGGAUAGGCUGAUGUUGGAUGGGCUGGGAUUGACUGGAUUGAA